AUGGAAGAGUCAGCCAGAUUGCCAAUGCUUUCAGUAAAGGAUCACCGCGAUGAGAAGCAUCGGAAACGUCGUUCCCAUCGAGAAGAAUCAGAAUAUCACUAUGGUUCUAGUUAUUAUUGUCAAGAAUCCAGCAACCACUCGGGACAUGUAGAUAAAUACGAUGAUAAUUACUACCGAAAUAGGUAUCCAAAGUCAUACGACCAACAAGAAGACCACAUUCGUCGUCGCAAAAAGUCUAAACACCGCAGUCCCAGCUGUGAUACACAUCAUGAAUCUAAACGAUCUCAUCAUGAAAAAAAAUCUCACAAGACUAGGAAACAUCCCGAAGAUAAUCAUAAAUCCAUCUCAGGCAAUGAAGACAAAUCUUUAGUACUAGUUGACAAUGAGGAAGAUGAGGAAGAGAUUAUCAGACGAAGACGUAUUGAAAGACAAAAGUUGUUAGAAAAGUUAGAGGUCGGAAACCAAGGAGAAGCCCUAAUCACUAAACUCGACAGCGAUCCAAUCCUCAAGUUAUUCAGGCAGACAGUUUGA